GCCUGCGCACAGUUGGCUUUCUACCUUCGACGUCUGCGGAUUUGCGCGCACCCAGUGUCUGCGUCUUUUCGUUUUUUCGCGGUUCGGUUCGAUUUGAUUGUGGACGUGGACUUCUUCCUCCUCUUCGCACACACACAGAUACAAAGUUACAGAUAUAGUGGCGAGCAUGUGAAGUGGCAAUAAUCGGAAGAGCAAGCAACAGAAAUUAGAACAAACCCACAGCAAAAAUACGAAAGAAAACGAAGUGAACAAAAUCGCUAAAUUUUAAAUGUUUAAAAUGCAGCUAAAAAAUUGUGAAAAUGGUUGACAAAAAGCUGAAGAAAUUGUCAAAUACAUUCCAAAUCCAACUAAUAAAAUUCCCAACAAAGUGCUUAAAGUGAAGAAAAACAGUGCAAUACGAAGGAAAUUACGUUCAACAAAAAGUUAAAAUUCAAAACAAAUACAAAGCAUUCUAUCAAGCAUUGAUAUAUAAUAUUACUCAUGAUAAAUACUUCCAAAAACGCUGUUGUAAAUAUCUUAACCCGGAAAUCAGCUGCGUUGACGUUGACCCAUUGUACAUACUGCAAAACAAAUCAAGCCCAAGAAUAUUGGAAGAAAAGCUAAAUUAAACCACUACCCACUACGGAACUAUCAUCCCAAAUUGCAAUACUGCAAUUUAUAUCUAUAUCCCACAUAUAAUAAACAAUCUACUCGUACUACUACCCGUUCAUUAUUUUAUGCAUAGUUUUAUGUCUUCCUCCCAUUGUUUUUGAUAUAAAUUGCAACCGAAGGAGUAUAACAUAUAAACUGAAAACGGAUUAUCUCAAACGAAAUUACAAAUAUAAAACUCCAGCAGAGACCUGCCUGAAAGCGUUGAUACAUUUUUGAAUACUUUUUCAAAAUGUAUUUCAGCUAAAGCUGCAAUUUCGUAACACUGAAACUUGGCCCUUGGAUAGCGAAGGAUCUGUUAGCCCGCGGAUCGCCGGAAGAUUCGCCUCGAUCGCCUGGGUCCACUGACAAUGAAGUUUUGCAGCAUGAACGGCCCAAGUGAAUCGGAAGUUGAGAGCCUGCUGAUGAGUCCCUGCUGGGGACCGCCCCAGACCUCCGCCCAGGAUCAAUACCUGCUCGACGGGCACAAGCUGCUGCUGGAGCACGACCUGGACACCCUGCCCAGCGAUGCCGACCAGAAGAACUCGCUGGACGUCCUCGACAACCUCUUGCUGAACGGAUCGUCCCUCAAUGCCUUGUCCGAUCUGAAGCCGCUGCCGCCGUUCACCGGCUACACGGGUCACCUGUCGAUCAAUGGGAUCUCCGGCCACCACUACCAUGCCAUCGCCCAGAGGCUGCCGGACGAGAGCAACAACAACUACAUGCAGAGUGCCUACCACGCCCAGAACAACCAGUCGAAUCCCACGUCCACGACGCAGUCGGGCGGCGGUGGCAGCAAUAGCAACUCGAACUCCAACGAGCACAACAUAGUCUCCUCCUCCACCUGCCUGCCCGAGAGUGUCCUGAGUGGGAGUGGGGGGGGCGGAGGUGGCGAUGCCUGCCUGGCGGACGUGAAGCUCUUCGCCGAUAGUCAACUAGAUUCUAAGCUUUACUCCGUGGCCGACAGCUGUGUGAUGAACGGAUCCGGCAACGUGAACGGAUCCACGGCGAAUGGCAACGGGGCCGGUCCGAGCAUAGCCACGCUGACGCCCAUCGACCAGGUGGCCGAUUCCCUGCACAAUUCCGGAGUGAGGAUCUACAAGGAUCUGACGGAGUACGUGGACAUGAACUCCAUCGACGACAUAGCCGCCAUCAUAGGUUCCGCCAUCGCGGACACCACGGUGCCCAAUCAGCUGGACAAGGACGACAACAAUGACACGCGGGACAGCUGGAUGGAUCUCGACGCCUGGAUCGACGGCAACUGCAUACAGCAGGAGUCGGCAAAGGUCCUCGUCUCGCAGCAGGACACGCUGGGCGACUUUAUCCUGCCGCACAGCCCACUGCCCAUGCACGCCAGUAGUUCGACGCUGCAGAGUUUGCUGAGCCACGGCUACAUGCCCCUGCUGCAGAAUCGCCUGCAGAACGGUCCGCCCAAUGGCAACUCGGUGGGCGGAGGAGGAGGAGGAGGCUCCAAUCAGGGAGCGGGGAUCAAGGGGGAUCCGCAGGCGCCCACAUCUACCUCGUACUGCAACGAACUGGCGGCGGCCACCAGCAGCAGUUGCAGUCCGCCCGGCUCGGUGGUCAGCACCACGGACAAUCCCAACGGGCUGAUGAUCAAUCCGCGCUACCUGAGCAACCCGACCAACAGCCAGGCGACGGGGAAUCCCCACCAGCAGCAGGGCGGAUACUCCAUGCAGAGUGCGGGUCUCUCCCUCAAGGACAACGGCCUCUGUUCCCCGGACCUCCUGGGCAACUAUCCGCACACGACGACGGCCAGCACGACGGGCUCGGAGCUGCGGACCGGUGCGCCCAAGGCCAAGCGGUCCCGCUCCCAGAAGAAGUCCAGCCAGCAGCAGCAGCAGCAGCAACAGCAACAGGGCGAGGGCGGUGGACCGCCGACCACGCCCCAAAUGAGCGCCAUUUCACCCUCCGGCUUCAGUGCCAGCGAUCUGAGCGGACUUCUGGGUAAGGAGAAGCCCGUCCAUCGGUGCAGCAUCUGCAACAGGGGAUUCCUCAACAAGUCCAACAUCAAGGUGCACCUGCGCACCCACACGGGCGAGAAGCCCUUCCGCUGCGACGUCUGCGCCAAGGCCUUUCGCCAGAAGGCGCACCUGCUCAAACAUCAACAGAUACACAAGAGAAUUGGGCGUGACUGACGCUCCUCGAGGAGCUUUAUGUUGUAGCCAACCGACCAAACAGUAGCACCUCCCAGGGAGAACUUCCAUUCCCAGAACAGAAAAAUAGGAAUCGACAGUGAUAUAGUCUCCAUUUUCAAAAUUUAUUAAUUUGGGAAAGUGAAAGCUGUAUCCUUGCUGAAUACAUCGAGUUCUUAAUCUUGUUGUAGGCAAAUUCAAAUUGUUAACUCAUAUCUUAUCAAUGUGAUGACACCAAUUGCCAGAAAUCUUUGUAGAUCCAAAACAAUGAGCUUGAUUUUUAGAAAUUACAAAUCUCUUGAAAAAUGCUUCAAUCUUUUAAGAUCUGUUGUGCAUUUCAAGGGAUUUGAGAUCACUAAAAGCUUUAAAUAUUGUUUUCAUAUCACCUAAGAAUUAGGCAGGGCUUGAUAUUUUAUUUGAUUUGUUUCAUUGGAUGUCAUUGGUUGACAUCUUUAUAAUAUCUCAUGUUUUUCUGGGAGGGAGCAAUUACCUCAGCAAUUUGUUGUCCUUAAAGGAACCUAAUUGUCUGAUCGGUAAAUUGCCAUGGAUUACUCUCUCUGCUUUCUCUAGGUGUAUGUUUGCCACUGCUUGGCCAGGAUAAUUUCUGAGUGUCGUGAAGAACUCGGCGAUUGUCCAAAAUGUAAUAUUAUUAUAGGAUUACUUGGUCAUGCAGUGGCAUACAUACACUUUUUGAUAUUCGUUGUUGUUGGUUGCUUUUGAUCUCUUCGCUUGUUCGUAGUUAACAAACAAAUAUUGUUUAGGAAAAAGCAUAAAUUAAUAAGAACGUUUUCCUUUUUAUCCAGUUAUUUUAAUAUUCACGUUUAGUUGAAAUCUUUAUGACAAAACUUGAUUGUUUUAACCGGUUAGGUAAGCCUCAACCUACUACCUCCAAACAAGAAAAUUUAAUUUUGAGCCGCUUUAGGAGCAAUUGCGGUAUACUUAAUGUUUUAUAGUUCAUCCAGUUCAGAGAUAGCGAAAAUCCAAAGAGACCACAAGCAAUGUAAGAACAACGAGGCGUCCAAUUGUCAUUCUGCAACUGUUGUUCUGUGUUGAUGCAGGGUCGCGAACUUCCAGCAAACAAGGUCCUGGCACAGGUAAAACAUAUCUUAUAACAAUCUAGACAAUAAUACCAAUUAAGGAAGCAAAUAAGACGAAGUUGUAUAAAGCUCUGAAUGUUGUCUGUACCUCAUCAUGUUGAAAACUGAAAAAGUGACGCAUACAAAUUACAUUUUAAAUUAAAACUAAUCAAGCAAAAGCAAUAACAAUUUUAAAUUAAUUAAUUUUAAAAUGUACAAACCAAUGGAAAGCGUUAUUUUGUAAAAUGCAUAGGUCUAAGAAUUUGUAGCGGGCUUGGCAAAAUAUUAUUUAUAAUAAUCAAUUUGCAGAACAUAAAAAAUAAAAGAAAAUCUAAGCGGAAAUCGAUGGAAAUAAUGAAAAUCGUAUAGCAAUGUACUCAAGUAGUAAACUCGAAUUAAUUUAGCCAAUAUCGUAAAGCGUUGUUAAUUUGUUUUUUAAAAAGUUUGUUGCUAAAGUUUUAAAGUUAAUCUUAACCAUAAAUUAUGUUCGAUAUACCCGAAAUUAUUUAUCUUUAAUCCUUGGAUACACUCAGCACCCGAAAAAACCAACAUUUCAGUAAACCAUAAAAUAGUUUAAUUCUAAUUUAAAUGUAUAUGUAAUUUCUAUAAAAAGGACAAUAUUAAUUGUGUUAUUUUAGUUAUCGUGCAAUUUUAUUUAUUUCUACAAAACAAACUUGAAUUUUGUUCAACACAUUUCGAUUUGUAAAUAUUUAUUUCUUAAUUGUAAUGCCUAAUAUUUAAUUAACUAUACUUAAAUAAAUUCAAAUGUCAUUCAAAAUGUG